AUGAGUUGUCCAAGCCGGACGAGGGACACUCCGAAUGUCUUUGAUGAGCAGUCACCAAUGACCCUCCUCGCUAGUCCUCCCCAAGUCGAGGAUUCUGGCAACCCAGUAGAAGAAGACUUGCAGAAACAGAGCGUGGGCCGUAAAAGCUGGAAAAAGAAAAGCGUCCAGCUACUGUGCCCAUCUGUGAUGCAGUCCAGUGAUGGCAACAGAUUGCUUGCAACGCGAGACAUUACCUGCAAGAGCGUCUCAUGCUUUCCAUGUCUUGGUGUUCUGAAGCUUUCAGCGCAUAUGCGUAUACAGGACAUGGGCAUACACCCGACGAAUGACUCUUGA